CCAGGGCCUGCAAGGGUUGCAGCCCUGGACACUAGAUCAUUUUCCUGCCUAGACAAAGUCCCGUGAUGACGGGGCCAGCUGGGGUGGGACAUUUUAAAACUUUCAGCCCCUAUUAUGAUGUAACCUUGUGUUGCAUGGGUCAAAGGGGUUGGAUUUGCACCAAUCGGGGGGGCAGGCACCCCAAAUGGGCAGUUACUUAACCUGCCCACAACCUUGCACUGAGUCACUCCAGGCGCAGUGAUGGGAUAAAUCUCCAGAGACCUCUUGGUGGGGAUCGUGGGUAAGGGGCUCCUAUAGCAUAGCAUUACACAGGCUUUGGCAUAAUGAACAGACCCCAAAUAUUCCCCAGUCUGCUGCUGUAUUAUGACUAAAUGUGCAGAUCUGACCAAGUUUUCAAGACCGGAUCCAAGUGAAUUUGAGGGUGGGAGAAGGAGGGUCCAGACCAGACCUCAAAUGAAUACAAGGGCUGGGAUGUCUGUUUGUAUUGCAUAGUGCUUAACAAUACUAGCUAGCUCUCAUCUAGCACUUUUCAUCCAUAGACCUCAAAGCGCUUUACAAAGGUCAGUAUAAUUAACGUCAUUUUACAGAUGGGAAAACUGAGGCAGAAAGAGGGAAGUGACUUGUCCAAGAUCACCCAGCAACCCAGUGGCAGAACCAAGAAUUUAACUUGGGCCUUCUGAGACCUAGUCCAGUGUUCUAGCCAAUAGGCAACACUGUUUCCUUUCUCUAGGGAGCCUUUGUCCUGGGCAUUGCACAGACAUGGAACAAGUGACAGUCCCUGUCUCAAAGAGCUCACAACCUGAGUCUCUGAUCAGAUGGACCUGGUUGGUCAAACAAAUUGGCAGGAUGGCUUUAUUUGUUUAGUUUCAGUUUACAGGACAGGGUAAGAGUCCAGUGUGAGGGGCUACCCCAGAUCUCCCUCAAAACCCCACGUUGUAUCCCGAUGGGGAUCAGCUUCCAGGAGGGAGCAAAGAUCAACCCCAAAUACAUCUCUGAUCUGGGCACGGUCGAGGAAGGGCCCUCCUCGUCAUGAGACCCGGAGCCUUUUGGGGAAAACCUGGGGCCGGCAGAGGCAGUUCCUCUGUUCACCUUUACAGCAUGGUGGUGCUUUGACCCGAGUCUAGCCCUAGAUGAGAACUAGGUCAGUCUAUUGCUCUGAUACUGCUGUCCCUCAUGCUGACCAGUAUUGUCUCAUGGUUUCCUUGUGCUCCCCCAUCUGUCAUUUCUCGUGUUUUACUUUAGAUUGUAAGCUCGGUGAGGCAGGGCCUAGCUUUUUGUUCUGUAAUUGUACAGCACGUUGCACACAGUCCAGGACUGGGGCUCCUAGCUGCCACCGCAGUCCAAAUAAUAAAUCGUAAGUUAGAAGGCCUGGGCCUGAGUCUCGUGCCCGUGAGAAGGAAGAAGGUCGUACCCUGCCACUCACGGGUUGCAUUGUGAUGUCAGAGCAGCCCUUCCGUGUCACAGUGUAACAGCCUUCGUGCCUCCCACUGGCCCCCGUCACAUCUUGCCCUUUGCACUAGGCACUGCAGGCUGCCAGGUUUAUUCUUGGGAACCCUCUUGAGCCUUCAAGAGGUAAGCCUAGGCCAGAGAAGAGUGCAGCAGCUUGGGGCGGGGGUGGGCCUGAAAUCGUGGGCUCACCGGGCCCAGUCAUGCAGGUGCUGACCUUGGUCCUCCUUUUCCUCAGACAGGUCUGGGGCUAGGACAUGAGCUCCCAGGAGACCCCACAAGCUCGGAGAUUUCCCAUAGAGGCAGGAGAUUCUCCCAGCCUGGCAGCUGCUCCAGAGACCCAGGAGCCAGUUGCCACUGAGCACACUGCAGCAAGGCAGCUGAGAAGAUGCCCCGGGUGCCACUGCCUGACCCUGCCCAACGUUCCCAUUGACGUUUACAUUGCCAUGGGCGGGAACGGGAGGCCACGGACCACCUAACGGUUCGCCUGAGUUGGGCUCGAGUGCUGAGGCCGCCGAGCUGGUCACCCGAAACACCCUAACAGCUGGAGAACCGCAAAGGACGCCGCCGCCACACAAAACAGUGACGCACAUUUUAAUAAAAGGACAUCUUAGAAUGUUUCUGUGGGCGCCGUUCUUUGCUCGCUGUGCUGCCCUGGACUGCACCCAGAGAGCAGGAGUUCUCCCAUCUUCCUAUGGGAUCGCCUCGGCCCCCUCACUUGCAGAGGGGUCACAGCAAAACAAGCCAUUCGGGCCAGGUUUGCAGAACGGGGUCACUGCAUUACCCCUCAGCCCAGCA